AUGCUAUAUAAUAUAAUUAUUUUAAUUUUUUAUUUAAAACUUUCUAAAUGUUUCUCAAAAAAUAAUAAAUAUGGUUUCAUAAAUAUAAAUAACUAUUCUAACAUUGUAAAUAACAAUAACAAUUUAAGAAGUAAAAAAAAUGCCAUUUAUUCUAAGAUUGAAAUAAAAAUGCCUGCCUUAUCAAGUACUAUGACUUCAGGAAAAAUUGUUAAAUGGAAUAAAAAUAUAGGAGAUUAUGUUAAUCUAGGUGAUACUAUUAUGACAGUCGAAAGUGACAAAGCAGAUAUGGAUGUUGAGGCAUUUGAUGAAGGAUUUUUAAGAAAAAAGCAUGUAGAAGAUGGUUCAGAAGCUAAUGUUGGUGAUAUCUUGGGAAUUUUAACAACUGAAGAAAAUGAAAACAUAGAUGAAGAGAGUAAUAAUGAUAAAGAAGAUAAAAUGAAAGAUGAAAAAAAUUUUAAAGAGCAAAUAAAUACAGACAUACAAGAACAGGCAGAUGAUAUGAAUGAAGUGAAAAUAUAUAUUCCAUUUAUUAUGAGCAAAAAAAAUAAAGCGAGAAUAAAUAAAUGGCUAAAGAAAGAAAAUGAUUUUAUAAAAAAAGAUGAAGUAUUUUUUUAUGUUGAAGAUGAUAAAAGCACAAUAGAAGUGGAAAGUCAAUAUUCUGGUAUCAUUAAAAAGAUAUUAAUUAAUGAAGGAGAAUUUGCAGAUUUAGAUAAAGAGGUAGCUAUUAUUGCAAUUAACAAGGCAGGAGAGAAAAAAAAAGAAGAAAAAAGUUCUUUUAAUCAAUCCAAGGAAAGUGAAGAUGAAGAGAUAAGUGAAAAUAAUGUAUUAAUGCAUUAUAAAAAUAUAAUUAAUAAUACUAAUGAGGGAAAACUUUUUUUGAAAAAUUUAAACUCGCAAGAAGAAAAAAUGCUAGAAGAACGACUUAAGUUAAAUUUUGAGAAAUAUAAUCGCACUUCAAGUGAUAUUUUCAAAUCAUUUGGAUCUAACACUAAUGACCCAAUAACUAAAAAAGAAGUAAAUAAACAUUCAAACAUGAAAAUUAUUUUGCCUUCUGCAUCUGAACUCAUUAAACAAAAGAAAUUAAAUCCAGACGAUAUAAAGGAUACAGAAAUACAAAAUAGAAUAACAUACGAAGAUGUUGAUAAUUAUUUAAAAAAAAAAAAUUUGGUUAAAGAUACUUCAGUAGAAAAAGUUGAACAAAAAGGGAAAAUAAUAGAAUUAACAAAUAUUCAGAAAACAAUAAAAAAUAAUAUGAUGCAAACAUUAAAUAUCCCAGUUUUCCGAGUUACACAUUUAAUAAAGACAAAUAAUUUGCUUAAAUUAUAUGAAAGAAUAAAACAUAAAAUCAGCAUGAGUGUCAUAUUAAACAAAUGUGUAUCAAAUGUACUACUAAAACAUCCAUUAAUUUACUCAACUUACAUUGAUGAAGGUAAUGGGAAAAUAUUAUAUAAUGAUGAUAUUAAUAUCGGAAAUGCAUUAGGAUUAAAAGAUGUACUUUUAACACCAGUACUUAAGCAAGUUAAUAAAAAAAAUAUAUAUUCCUUAUCUCAUGAAUGGAAGGAAUUAAUUGAAAAAGGAAAAAAUGGCUUGCUAACAGCAAAUGAUAUGACUGGUAGCAAUUUUUAUAUUUCAAAUUUAGGUAUGUUUAAUACUUAUCAAUUUGAUGCUAUAUUACCAAAGAAUGCCUCUUGCAUUUUAUCAGUUGGUACAAACAUCGGAAGUAUUGAAAAUCUUGAGGACUUAAAAAUUCAGAAAGGUAUGAUGAUGACUUUAACUUGUGAUCAUCGACAUAUAUACGGAGCUCAUGCAGCAGCUUUCAUGAACGAUUUAUCAAAAUUUAUUGAAAAUGAUAUCAUGGAUAUAUUUUUAUAA